GAAUUGCAUUGAUUACCUCCUUGUCAACAGUUUCUGCAAAAAUUAUUCAGCGAAGAAGGCAUGGAGUUGCUGAUUAGGCAGAAGCUGUCUGAUGCUGAGAAUUACCAAGACACAGAAGCUUUACAAGGCUCUUACGAGUUGAUUAAAUCUGCAGAUGAAGGAAAAUCAGCCCUUGAUUCCUCAGAGAGUUUCUGCUCUGACUUGUAUAUUUUGUGUGCAGAACAAGCACUUCAGAUGGGGUUUCUGGAAAUGAGCAGUGAAUGUCUACAGAUGUUUUUUAAAGGAAGACCUCCGGUUAACCAGUUUUUGGGUAGAGCAUACUUGUGUCAGAGCCAAUUAUAUACCCCUGUGACUACUGAUAACUUGGAACAGUUUGAAAAAUUUGCUACGAGCUUGGUGAAAGUGGUAGACUUUGCAUUAGGUGAGAGAAGAUAUCGUUUUUUGAUAUAUAACGCUUCAGUUAUUUACUGGAGGAUUAUAAGGCCAUUUUUUAAACCUGGUUUCCGGCAUUUUCUGAUUCCAAGCCUGUCUCAAAUUGUGUUGGCACUGCAUCAUGCUGAGGAUCCAGACAAGGACUGGACAGCAGAACUUAUGAUAGAGUUGCUUGAAUGUUACCUAGAUGCUUCCAGAUUAGAAGAUGCCAUGAGUUUUUUGCCUACUGCAGAAGAAUUCAUUAAACAAAAUGUUCCAGAGAGAUAUAAAACAAUACUUUCACUAAUGGUGCGUCACAGACUAGUAGACACUGUAGCCCUAGAAGAUGAUAUUGAAAAUUCGGUCAAUCUGAGGAUCGUUUAUAAAAUCCAGACAAUUAAAGCAGAGUUGGAUGCAAAUAAGAUUCCUGAAGCAGCUGAUGCAGAGUUGAAUCAUAUGUACACAUUUUUGAAAGAGAAUAAAAAGAAAUUAAAUGCUCUUGAAAAAUUUUCUUUGCUCAUGGAAUUGGCUCGUCUCUCUUUGAGAUUAGUCUGUGUACCUGUUGCAUUUUCAUGUCUGUCUGAUUUAAGGAAGUUUAAGAUUAAUGACCAAGGGAAACAAAUUGAAUUAGAAUGCUUGGAAUGUGACUAUGAAGUUCAAAAACUUGGGGAUAAAAUUGCAACUUACUCUAAAAGUGUUGUUGAGGCUCAACUAAAAGUAAUACAGAAACUUGAUCUAAUUUUGAAUCGUGCAAUUCGUCUGAAAGACUCCAACGUUAUUCAGGCAGUCUGCACUACCCUGUGGAAUCUCUGCUUACCACUGCUGCAGCACAACUUGCAACAACAUGUACGAAAAUCGUUGCUUGCUAUUGCUGAGAUCCUGGAAAAGAUUGACAGCAUGCUGGUUCUAUUACGUUGUCAAGUUCAUAUGGAAAUUGCUCGUGUUGAAGAAAAGGGUGACAGAAUUGAGGCUGCCAUGGAACAUUUGCAAAAAGCCAUCUACCUUGAUAACAAUGGACAGUAUAGUGAAUACCUUAAAAUGGCAUUCCAUCGGCUUAAUUUAAACACCAUUUUGUACAAGUCACCAGAACGCAUGGAAGACCAAGCAAGUUUGAUGGUUGAACAGGCGAAAAAAGGAACACCGAAAGAUAGUGUGAGGAAAAAAAGGUCUUUGUUGGUGAAUGCAGGCCUCGCGCUGGCUCCUGAAGCUUUUCAGAUUGUCCUGGAUGCUGAAAACGAAGCUAAAGUUGCCUCAAGUAAAAAUAAGGGUCAAAUCAGUUACCUCUGUGCGAAAGCUGAGCAUCAUAGCAGAAGUGUGCAGAAAGCAGAAGGACAUUUGAAGCGACUGGGAAAUGAGAAUGACAAAGAAAGAAUCAGACUCUGGUCCGAAAUAGCAAAAACAGCACGGAAACAAAGUGUAUGGGAUGUGUGUCGAGCUGCAUGCAGAUUCUGCCUCUUAUAUGAUGACAGCCAAAUAAAAAAGGAGUCAAAACGCAAAAAAGUAUUCAAGAAGAAAAGCCUGACAGAAGAUGAGCCAGAAGAAAAUGCACAAACAGACUUACCCUUGCCCAGUAAAGCAUUCUCUUUGGAAAGAGAUUUUCUCAGAACCAUAGCAGAAAUAAGAUUCAUUAAUGCAGAGGCUACCAUUCAUUUGCUAAGAAUGGAAGGCGUCCAGCUCAACGAUCGCGCGGUCCCUCCUGCAGAUACAGGUCACCACUCUGCAGGACAUUAUGUGCAACUUGAACGCGACUCAGAAUGGAAUACCUACAGCACUUGGAUCAAUGGCUUGUCUCAGUAUGCUAUGGAAAACUUUCUGCGGGCUGCCAAAAUUGGAGAAGAAUUAAAUGAAGCGUGGAUUGUACACAACACUGUGGUGUAUGUUUUAAAUCACAACAAACAUCUGAUUGCUUCAAGAAGACAGAGAGAAAUUGUGGAUUCCCUGCAGAUUCUUUAUAGCACAAUUAAGAGUACUGGGCACUGUGGGAGCACAACUCUUUUGGUGACUUUAUGUAACGCUCUGGCUCGGGGCCUAAUUCUUCCUUGGAUUCCAAAACCAGUUUUAAAAACUGAUGAAAAGAAAGUUACUGAAGAAGGACCUACAAAACGCAAAAAGAUUUCAAAAAUGCAUGAAAAAGCAGUGACCAUGUCAUAUUUCACUGUGGAUUCAUCGGGGUUCCCUGACAUUAGAGCAGCCUUAGAGGUGUGUGAAUUUGCUAUGAAUUUGCCAAGUGGCAGUGAUGAGCUGGUGCCGGUUGCUGUACGUCAACAGGUUAUUGCUACCUGGGUGAAAGCGAAGCAGUUAGUUCAGCAUCAAAUUGGAAGUCGGCAUGGAGCAGAAGAUGAGACUAAUGAUGAAGGGUCCUGUUCCAUGACAAAAGUUUUUAUUGGUCUGGAAAUGUACUCAUGCAGUGGUUUGGGUCCCAUGGAGUUUACACUUCCCAAUUUGCCUCAGUUGUACAAAAUGGCUUUAGAAUGCAACUGGCCAGAUCGGCUUGUGGAGCUUCAGACGCUGACCAGACUUACACAUUUUGCCCACACUGUCCAUGACCAUGAAUUAGUGAUGACAUGUUCUCAGAAGACUUUGGAAUUAGAUGACAAAACGCUGUACAACACAGAUGCUAAUAAACAAAGAAUGACUGAUUACACAGUGAGACAAGAAAUGCUAAGUAUUGCUGCUUGUACUCGAGGCAAGAGUAUAAUGGAAAACCUGGGAGGAAAAAAACAAUUACGUUUAGUAGCAUCGAAAUCUUUUGUUAAAAGUGCAAGUUAUGCUGGAGCAGCAGGGAGUCUUGCUCUUGCAAUGAUAGCAAGUAGACACUUCUGGAAUGCAUGUUUACCUUUCAUUGGUUCUCCAGUAGACAGACAACAGCUUAAAAAGCCCACCGAAAUCAUUCUCAAAAACACCAUUAAAGCAGCAGAAGCCAAAAAUAAGCAGGGAAGAGAACAUUUGAUAUAUUUGCAUCAGUGGCCUACAGCUGAAUUUCAAGGCAGUACUUUAUCGGAUGGGCAUUUUUAUCUGGGUGCAGAUGAGGAUUUGACACUAAGGACAUUUUUGUAUGUAUUAUUAUUCCAAGUGUAUGCGGAUCAGAAUGAUUGGGAAGGAGGCCUUAAAGUGUUAGACGAAGCUGUUCAGAUUCUUCCUCGAUCUAAGCACAGACUUCCAAUUUUCAAACAUAUGUUAUUGGCGAAGGCCAGACUUGGACGUAACUAUAUAAUGGAAAUUCAGAAGUUCAAAGAUGAAAGUGAGGACUACUUGUCCUAUAUGUGGCGUCGUUUGGCAGCAGUAUCACCAGACCUUGUGGGGAAAUUGUCCUGUUACCAAAAUGCAAUUGAAGUUUUACAGAAAAAAGAAUUUGAAUUAAAGAAAAUUGAUUAUCUGCUAGAAUUUGCAGAAUGGCUCUACUGCAACCAGUUUCCUCUUGGUGAAGCCAUUAAGCAUGUAGAUUGGGCAAUAAAUAUGUUGCUGCAUCUGAAACCUUUCACAAAGAGCUUUGAUGAUGAAGAUACAAGCAGUGAAAUUACCGUUGAUGAUUUAAGCAACAUAAAACAGCUAGAAGCUUUGGUUAGAGCUCAUGCAAUAAUGGCUUUCAUUUCUGGCCAUGGUUCACCUUCUCACGAGCAGCACUGUUUGAUGGCAUAUGCUUUCGUGAUGCGCAUAUGGCAGGUUGUAAUGUCUUCAGCAGGAUCUGUUUUGAAGGCAUUGGCCAAAGCCUCUCCACCACAAGCAUCCACUUCCAAAAAACAAGGAAAAAAGGAUACAAAACAAGGUCCAUCAACAAGCCCUCCUAGAAAAGACAGAUCCUCUAAAGAUGCCAAGCAGGUUCAGGCAGUCAUAAAAGACAAGCCUAAACGGAAAGGACCAGUAGACGCCUUACCAGCAAGCAUGGAGGAAUGGGCUAGCUAUGACUGCCCAGAUGAAAUUAGAGAUGCUUUUAAACAGGACUCAAGUAGCUUUGCUCUGAGCAGCUGCAACAUUUUAGCUCCCACACGCACCUUAUAUUACCUAAACCUGUUAGUUAAGGAGCUACAGGCAAUUUUGUGCAUUCACUUAACUCUUCCAGUUCUCCAUCUGGCUGAGGUGAUCGCUCAUGAUGUCAUAGAAAGCAAAAGUCUAUCAGAUCUCUACCAUCUUCGAAUUUCUGUUAUAUGUUUAGAUUUAAAAUUGUAUCAAGCAGCAACUUAUCAUGAGAAGGCAGUGGGUGAAGUAUUCAUUAAUGAAGUAGAACAAGGAAGGUUCAGGCAAGAGAUUGCACAGAAAAAGGAGAACGAAAUACAGAAACAGGGAGAAAAUAAAUUAUUUGAUAUGAGUCAACAUAAAAAAAUAGUUUCUGCAAAAGAGCAGCUCUUGGAACUAAACAGCGGGACUGGCAAAGGCAUAAGCGGCCUUUCUUUUCCAUACCUGUGGUUGGACAAAGGUGAAGCCCUACUCCAACUCUGCUUAUACCAGCCAGCAAGACUUCUGCUGUCAGAAGCACACCAAGCAAUCCAGGAGAUGGAUAACCCAUGUUCUGUAGCACGGUGCCUUUAUCUUCUAGCUGUACUGGCUAACUUGGAGAAGAACCACGGGCAAUCGAAAAUGCUGCUUGAAAAAGCACUGUUGAUAGGAGGACACGUGCAUUUCUGGUACAACACCACCUGGUGUCUCGCAGAUGCAAUUUUAGGGGAAGACAAGGAAAGAAAACAGAAAAUGAGGCAAUCUUGCGAACUUUUGGAAAAAACUGUAAAUAUAAUGAGGCCAUUAUUGGUGGAGAGACCUAACAGAGCAACUGAUCUAGGUGUAGUAAUUGCAUGUUUUGAAGCCAGGAAAGCAUACAUUCAGAUAGAUUUUGUCCAGGAUUUAAUAAAUACCAGUCGUCCGUCCAAUGAAUUUGCAGAAAUGCUACUGGAACCGAAUGAUAAAUUGGAACGCGUUGAGCAGGACUUCCUUUGUUACAAAUAUAAAGAUCAUAGUGUGGAGACCUUGAUGGCACGUGCAGAUAUUCACAGAAUCGUUGGUAAACAUUCAUCAUACACUAUAGAUAAGCAGAGUCAUUACCUGGAUGCAUACAGAUUAACUGAAGAAGCCGUAUCCCAAGCAGAAGAACUUUUUCGGCACAUUAAUAACUUGUUUCCAGGUAAUGAGACUAGAAAUAUUAAUACUCCAUUGAUGAGAAGACUUGCUAACAUGAAGUUGAGCUUUGUGGAGAUCAUUUUGGACAUUCUAGUUCUCAUGAACAUUGAGGAAAAAAAGAAAGAAGCAAGAGCAGAUCAAAUUGAGAAAGUUAUUGAGGACUACGUACGAUUUACACCAGAAACUGGUACUGUGGAGCAGACAUGGCUAGCCUUAGGCCAAACUAUUGGCCAUAAUGUCCAGGCUCAACUAACAAGUCUACAGAGUCUCUAUAUGGGCUGUCCUGAUAUCAAGGCCAAAUACCUCCAUCUCAUGGGGAGAUUUCUGCGUUUACUUUCUGACCGAAAUCAUCCCUUCUCUUCAGAUAUUCUUUGGUGUGAAAACACAGUGAAGAAACAGUAUUGGACCCAGAAAUACCUUUGUCAGUCAACUGAAGUUUUGCUACAGUGCAUUAAUGUUGCAAUUAGUAACAACCUUAUUGAUGUCCUGGCUGCUGCUAGUUUAGAAAUGGUGGAGUGUUUAGGAAAAUUUGACCCAAUUUCAGCAAGCCAGUUUUUGGCCCUUUAUCAGAGCUGUUCAGCAUCGGUGAUGAUGAAAAAUAUCCUGUUGUCAGCUACCCAGAAUACUAGCAGUUCACAACUGGCAGCGAUGUUGCAUCUGCAGCACCAUCUAGAACAAAGAGGAGAUACAUCAAGCAGUCUCCAUAAAAGUGUGGAGCAGAGAUUAGCUGCUAUCUCAAAGGCAUGGGGAAAUCUCUGCAUUUCGGCACAGCACUUUAAUAUCAUGAAUGAAUUGCCACCAAAUUUCCAUGUAAUCAUUCUCCAGCAUUCAGAAGACAGAUCUCUCUUGUAUGGCGCAGUUCUUGAGAAAGUAAAGUUGACCAAUUCAAGCAGAGAACAGAAGGAAAAGGGUGGGCAGCAGAAGGAAAAGGUUGGGCAGCAGAAGGAAAAGGGUGGGCAACAAAAAGGAAAAGCUUCUCAACCUACAUUACAGGCUAAAAUUGCACGGUCCCCUGUGAAUUUGGAGGCAUUUUUCAAUUUGGUGGAGAAAAUAAAACUUUUCAAACAGGAGAAAAUGAAGCGUCUUGUGAAGAAAGUAGCCCCAGGAAAGCUCCAGGAAAUUAAAGAUGAGUUACAAAAAGAGCAGGAGUCAUACAUCAAAUUAGAUACGAGCAUACAAGAAGAAAAUGAAUUUUGUACAGCAGAAUUCCAAGUUAUAUUGAAAGAUAUGGAAAAAUAUCUGAGCCCUGUAUUGUCGCAGUUUGAUUUCUCUGAGCUGAGGCAGUCAAGUCCAGCAAUUUCUCCAGUUGACUCAAUAAAAUCCAAAACUGCUGACUCGGGUGGGAAAUCCAAAACAGGAAAAGGUGAAAAGAGUGGCUCAGAAAAAUAUAAAAUGAAUGAACCAGGGAAACAAACGACCAAAAAUAAAGAGAAAAACAUUACAGCUCAAGCUGGUACUGCAGACAUGGGAGAGUGCAUGAUACUACUGGCAGACAAAUAUCUUAUGGAGCUGCCUUUGGAAGCUCUGAGUAUUUUUCAACAAGAAGCAAUAAGUUCUGUGUCCAGAGAUUUCUCCCUCCAGUUUUUGUAUAACCGCAUACAUAAAGAAGAAUCAGAAAACGAAGUGAAAAAAGAUGCAAAGAGUACAAAAGAGUCCAAACAGAAAGGUGAUUAUAAGAAGGGGAAGCUGCUUUCACUUAACCGAGUUCUGCCACCCAACUGCAUUUCAGUGGAUAUACAUAACGUUAAAUAUAUUGUUGAUCCGUAUAAUGAUGUAGAAGAUCCAGGUCCAGAAAGUCCUAUACAAGCAUUAAAAUUCAUCCAAGAAAUAUACGAACCAUUUACAUUCCGCUGGGAUGGAGUUAUUGGUACUACCCACAUUCCAAGUCAAGCUGAAUGGGAAUACUUAUUGAGUAACUGCAGUGCAUUUCUGUUCUCUGGAAUGGCAAGAUUCUUCAGUCAUAUUUUUCUGGACAGACUGGCUGCUAUGAACAUCCCAGAAUGUCAGGUCAUGAUACUUUUAGAUCUUAUGCACACCAAAGAAAGCGCCGCUCGAGUGUCGAAUCUUGAUGAAGAUAAAAGUUCUUCGCGCUUGUCUCUGGAGAUGCCGACUGAGACAGCAAUAAUUCUGAGCCUUAUUGGAGUGCGUUCCAUUAUAGCCAAUCAAUGGUCUACUUCCAUGGGAAAGAAUGCAGCAAGACUAGAGAAACUGUGUAACAUUUUGUUAAAAGUAGGCAGAACAACUGGGCAGGCGAUUCAUGUUCUUCAAAAUAUUAAGACCGCCAUUGAAGAUCCACUGAAAGCGGAGUCUCCUGAAGACAAGAAAGAAGGACAGACCGAAGCGAGAAACCCUGAUAGACUGAGCUGUCCAGUGAUUCGACCAUCAAACUUUAAUACUGUUUUAUAUGGGCUGCCCAACAUGAUGUUUACAUAA